CUGCGAUUAGAAGAUGGAGAAUUUUCUCAUUCCUCUGAAAAGCCUUAGUGCCACAUGGCUGAGCCCCAGCUGCACUACCUUUGUGAUGGAUAUGAUCCUUGCCAUUGUGUGUGGACUGGGGCUCUUCUUUCUGUUACUGCCCUGGCUCCAGGGUGAACCAUCCUUACCACCACCCAGGAGAAGUAGAAAUAUCAGGAAGGUAAGAAACCCACAGCUCAGACCCAGCAGAGAUUGCCGGAUGUACCAUAAGCUGGAUAAGACCCUAACUUCCCUUCUGGAAAGUGAGUUGGAACUUGGUCACCACCAAUUCUCAGAUCUCAAAAUUCUGGGGACCCAGUUCCAACAGAAUUGGAUCCAGUUUUUCUGGGGUCUGCCCGCUCUGCAGAGCGAAUCCUUGGUGGCUGCUGCCUGGAUCUCUCAGAAUCCUCCUCUACAGCCUCCCCCAUUUUCAUUCAACAAAACUCAAAAUCUUUCCGCAGUUCAGGGGCAGGAUAAAAUGUGUCCACAGCCCCUGUCCUCUCUGGACCCCCAAACCCCUCCCUUGAUUCUCUCUACCGCCAAACUCCAGCCCCCUCGUCUAGGUCAGGUGCAGUCUCAGGCCCAUCUCCAAUCCUUUCCCCCACCCUUCCUCCCACAUUGUUCACCCCACAUUAGGGACUGUGGAGCAGCUUGGCCGACACCCCAUAAUAAUCCACAACAUCUCAUCCCCGCUGAAACUCGACACCCAGGAGGGUCCUUAUUAAGAACACAGACCCUGAGUGAGUGGACCCAAGAACUUCGAGAUCUCAAACAGCUCAGGGUGAUGCAGUUCAUACAUGUCAGGCAAAGGGCAAACCUGGCCCAUCAGAAUGCUCCCCCACAUGCUAAAAAUGCAUUUUGGUGUGAAGUCAAGGCAGGUCCAGGAGGGUCGGAUCCCUUGGAGAUUGCACCGGUCCUUGCUUUCUGUCCAUGGAGCUUAGGCCACCCACACAGAGAGCAAAAUUCUAGUUAUCUUCAGGAGUCACAAAAGCUUCCCUCUCUUAACCUAUGUACUCUGAAGACCCUGGAGGUGCACGUUACAAGGCUGCAGCAAGGAAGUGCAGGAGGUGAAGUUAGAGCCAGAAAAGGACUGGGCCUCGCCCUCAGGCUUACUGAUCCCUAAACAUCAGUACUCACAGAAGAGAGAGAGCCACGUGUCUGCCCUGGCUAAUAAUGGUGAGGCCAGUUUUAGACCCAUCCCAGAAAAACAGGAAUACUAAGGCCACAAAGUUUUUCAAGUUGAAGAGGCUCCACCACCAUCCCUUCCACAGGUGUGCUUUGAGGUGAACCUACAGAUGCCACAUUCCUGGAAAAAAGCCCCUCAGACAUGUCUGAUAGAGAUGGUGACACUCACUGAGUCUGUCCCUACACUGGGCAGACUCCUGUUCUCCUCACCUGUGUGUAAGGAGACUGAGAAGGCCCUAACAGGGAUCCCACCUAGUGAUGCCCAGAGAUCCUUAAAGGACCUUCCCACUGGACAGGGCAGCAGGAAGCCUUCCCAGAGACUGACAUCCGGUCUCACUGGCACAGCCUAGGAGAAGAAGCAUCCUGGGCACCAGCAGACACAGCCUAGAAGUCCCCGUGAUGCCUGCAACACCUGUCUUCCAAGACAGAGGACAGCCAGGCCUUCAGCCAGGCAUCGGGAGUGAGUUUC